AUGGCCUCCCUUGCUGCGGCAAAUACAGAAUUUUGCUUCAACCUGUUCCGAGAGAUGGAUAACAAUCAGGGGAAUGGAAACAUGUUCUUUUCCUCUCUGAGCCUCUUCUCUGCUCUGGCUCUGGUCCGUUUGGGUGCUCGAGAUACCUGUGUUUCUCAGAUUGAUAAGAUACUUCACUUUAAUGGCAGCUCAGGACAUGGAAACUCUUCUAAUAAUGAGCCAAGAAUCCAAUCUCAACUGAACAGAGUUCUCUCUAAUAUAAAGACAUCCCACAAGGAUUACGAUCUCAGCAUUGCCAAUGGUCUGUUCGUGGAAAAAGUGUUUGACUUCCAUAAGGACUACAUUGAGUGUGCUGAAAAAUUAUACAAUGCCAAAGUGCAACGAGUAGACUUUACAAAUGAUGUAGAAGAUACCACAUAUAAAAUUAAUAAAUGGGUUGAAAAUGAGACACAUGGCAAAAUCACGAACGUGAUUAGAAAUGGUAUGAUCAGCUCAUCUGCUGUAAUGGUGCUGGUAAAUGUCGUAUACUUCAAAGGCAAGUGGGAAUCAGCCUUCACCAGGAAUGAAACCAUAAAUUGCCAUUUUAAAUCUCCCAAGUGUUCUGGGAAAGCAGUUGCCAUGAUGCAUCAAGAACGGAAAUUCAAUUUGUCUGUUAUUAAGGACCCACCCAUGCAGGUUCUUGAGCUCAGAUAUCAUGGUGGCAUAAGCAUGUAUGUUCUGCUGCCUGACGGUGACCUAUCCCAAAUCGAAAACAAUCUGACCUUUCGGAAUCUAAUGGAUUGGACCAGUCCUCAAAAAAUGACCUAUCAGUAUGUCGAGGUGUUUUUUCCUCAGUUCAAGAUAGAGGAGAAUUAUGAUAUCAAAUUAUAUUUGAAAGCCCUAGGGCUGAAAGAUAUUUUUGAUGAAUCCAGAGCCGACCUCUCUGGUAUAGCUGCGGGAGGUCGUCUAUACAUAUCAAAACUAAUGCACAAGUCGUACAUAGAGGUUACGGAGGAAGGCACCGAGGCGACUGCUACCACAGGAAGUAACAUCGUAGAAAAGCAACUCCCUGAGUCUAAGGUGUUUAGAGCUGAUCACCCAUUCCUAUUUGUUAUCAGGAAGGAUGAUAUCAUCUUAUUUAGUGGCAAAGUCUCUUGCCCUUGA